AAGAUAGAACCUACUUGCAGUUCGUCCGUUGUAUUUGGGGGGCUGCUUUGGGUAACAUUUAAGUAUAUAAGAAAAAUAAUUGUCCUCAAUGUUUUGCUGUGCGCCUUUAAGAACAAGCAUCGUCACGUGACGCCAAAAAAAAAUCGUAUUUUCAUCAUGGCUCCUCCGUGGGUCAGGCUGCCUGCGCGGUCCUUGUUUGGGGUUUUGAUGAUUACUCUCUCCCUAUGUUGGAAUUUACAAGGAAGCCGUGUUAGUGACAUCGAUAGCUGCGAAAAUCUACGCCUUGGACAGUAUCUUUGUUCAGACCCUAACAUUAAUGAUGCCACUCAGGAACCAGAAGUCUGCAAAGAUUUAAUUGCGUGGGUGGAGUGUAAGCCAGCUCCAAAUGUAACCUGCCAACUAGCUAAUGGAACGAGGUUUAAAUUCAGCGGAGAAGAAGUCGGUUUCAACAGGAGUAUUCCAUGCAGGAAUGUGAGCGGAUACUCUUACAAAGUGGCUGUGGCUUUGUCUCUCUUCCUGGGCUGGCUUGGGGCAGAUCGAUUCUACCUUGGGUAUCCUGCCUUAGGCCUGUUGAAGUUCUGUACCGUGGGUUUCUGUGGUAUCGGCAGCCUGGUGGACUUCAUGCUGAUUGCCAUGCAGAUUGUGGGCCCAUCUGACGGCUCGGACUACAUCGUGGAUUACUAUGGAGCUCGGCUGGUCCAUCUCUCCAUCACCAAUGAGACCUAUAGAAGAACGCAGCUCUCUUUGUGAACGUUUCAGGUGGAGGAUGUUCGCUGAAGGGGAUCCAGAGACUGGUGUUCCCAGUAAUACAUCCCAAGAAUCGGAGCCUUUCUUCUGGAGACGUCUCUGAUGAGAACCCACAGUGAUCCGUCAGCAGUGGUGACUGGGCAGUGGAGUUUGUAAACACUGUGUUUCAGUUACUGCAAGACUGGGUCUGAAAUCUGUAAAUACUGUUGUACAUAUGUAUGUAUAUGAAAAGAAUGACUUCAUCUGGACUGGCUUGAGAGCAGUGUGUCAAAGACCACGUGGACAUCUAAAAUCCCCAUGGCUCAUACUUGACACAUUUGCUUUGUGAAUUCCUUCCUUGCCCUGCAUUUUUAAUUCCUGAACUUUGAAGUGCAUAUAUUUUUACCACUUAUUUAUGUUUUUGUGUCAUCAAGUUUCAGUGGAUUGGUGAAGUGCAUGCUAUCAUCGAGCAAAAAUCAGUGAUGAAUAAAAUGCAAGGAAAACGCCACAUUCCUUCUUUGGCUAAACUA